ACAAUCACUUUCGCCUCACUACAGAUACAUUGUUUAGCCUAAGAAAAGAUCCGAAUCUGGCAAUGAACAUUCUUAAACACAACUGCCAACUUGCUAACCCGAUGGCGCAUAUUUCUCACCAAAAUAUUCCCUUUGGGCAUAAUUCCAGCAUCAUAAAUGGCACCCUCUUCUUUAUUUAACUGAAAAAUAACAGCCUAUUCGCCAACCGACGCUCCUCCCGCCCUUCUCUCUCUUUCUCUGCAGGUACUGCUGGAAAGAAAAUUCACUGAAUUUCUUAGGGUUCUUGGCGUUGUUCGAUUGCGUUUAAGCUUCCUUCAUAGAUAGGAAACAUAUAUAUAUAUAUAUGGUGGUGAUGAAGGCUGCCUCGCCGAGAGAAUCUAUAAACAAGGUGUUUGAAAGAGUUGGGGUGUACAGAUUUGGAGGUAGAAGCAGCCAAAAGAGGUGUAGACAUGAAUAUGGAGAAGAAGAUGGAACCAUGGAACUGCAACAGAUUGCUGCUGAGAGGACCAAAAAUGUGCUCAUUCUCAUGAGUGAUACCGGGGGCGGCCACCGAGCAUCGGCUGAGGCCAUCAAGGAUGCUUUCCUCCUUGAAUAUGGGGAUCAAUAUAGGGUUUUCGUCAAGGAUGUGUGGAAAGAGUACACUGGCUGGCCGUUGAAUGACAUGGAACGUCAGUACAAAUUCAUGGUUAAACACGUGCAGCUUUGGAGCCUAGCAUUUCACAGCACCUCUCCAAAAUGGAUACACUCUGUCUAUCUUGCUGCCAUUGCUGCAUUUUAUGCCAAGGAGGUUGAGGCUGGUCUGAUGGAGUACAAGCCGGAUAUCAUCAUCAGCGUCCAUCCUCUGAUGCAACAUAUUCCGUUGUGGGUGCUCAAAUGGCAAAAACUACACAAGAAAGUGAUCUUUGCUACUGUCAUCACAGACCUUAACACUUGCCAUCGUACAUGGUUUCAUCCAUCUGUGAAUCGACUGUACUGCCCCUCAGAGGAGGUGGCAAAGAGGGCUUUGCUAGAUGGUCUUCAAGAGUCUCAAAUUCGAGUAUUUGGCUUGCCCAUUCGACCAUCCUUUGUUCAAGCAGUUCUGUCCAAGGAUGAUUUGAGGAUAGAACUCGAGAUGGACCUGCAGUUGCCGGCUGUUCUGCUGAUGGGGGGCGGAGAAGGCAUGGGGCCGGUUAAGGAAACAGCAAAGGCUCUCUCAGAAUCUCUGUUCGACACAGAACUUGAGAAGCCGAUAGGCCAACUGAUCAUCAUCUGUGGUCGUAAUGAGAUGCUAGCUUCCACAUUGCAGUCACUUGAGUGGAAAAUCCCAGUCAAGAUAAGAGGCUUUGAGAAGCAGAUGCAGAAAUGGAUGGGCGCUUGCGACUGCAUUAUCACAAAAGCUGGUCCUGGUACCAUUGCGGAAGCAUUGAUACGAGGCCUUCCAAUUAUACUCAACGAUUACAUCCCCGGACAAGAAAAAGGCAAUGUGCCCUACGUGGUUGAAAAUGGGGCGGGUGUAUUCACCAGAAACGCGAAGGAAACUGCAAGAAUAGUGGCUGAGUGGUUCGGAACAAAGAAGGACGAGCUCCAUAGAAUGUCGGAGAAUGCUGUGGAACUUGCGCAGCCUAAUGCAGUGUUCGACAUUGUGAGAGACCUAGACGAGCUAGCAUGCCAGAGAGGCCCUCUAGCUAGCAUUCCCUACAUGCUGACUUCGUCUUUUUCGAGCUUAAUCUGUUAGAGAAACCAGACGCAGUUGAUGCAGGAUGUACAGUUUGAGAGCACCAAGAAUGGUGAUAUUCUUUCACCACUACAUGCUACAAAAAGAAGAAGAAGAAGAAAUCUACAUUCUUUUAGGAUAGAGUAGUUAUUAGUAAACAGUUACUGAUUUCUUGAUGGUGGGAGUUCAAUAUUAACUCCAUUUAUUCACAAUGGCUUUGAUCUAUCUGUUUCUUUUAUGACAAGAGACAAUCAUAAAAGAGAUAAUCUGAAGUCGUUGCUUGAGAUUCUGCUCUCACUAAAUUUCAUUAUUGUUAAAAUACUUUGCAAACCAUA